AUGGCUGACAAAUUGAAAAAAUAUACCUUUCAAAGGAGAAUGGCAAUGAACGAUUUAGAAACGUUAUUGUCUUUAUCCAAUUCUGCUCUUACAGAGGUUCAUAAGCAGUCGCUUUUUCGUGUUCGGUACUCAGAAUUAGACGAUGUUUUGGAGAGUUUUAAUAAAAAUCAUCAAAACAUCGUUACAAAUCUUUUGAACUCUGAACCUACGGAUGCUCAAUUAGAUUCUGAGGACAUUAUUCGUUCCCAAUUUUUGAAUGAUUAUUAUCAGAUCAAGGCUAAUUUCGCGGAUCUCUUUGAAGAUGAUGAUAAUAGUCAAAAGAAUGAGGAAAAUAUCGCCGCUUCGAAUGCAGUACAACCUACUAGUAAUGUUCGCUUGCCGCAGUUAGAAUUAGUUAAAUUUUCCGGUGAUUUUACGUCAGCAAUUACUUUCUUUGACUUGUUCGAUGCGCUUGUGCACCGUAGACCUAACGUUGAUGAUACGGAAAAAUUAACGUAUUUGAUUCAAAGUUUAGAAGGGCCUCCUUUAAGGGUAGCUAAAUCCUUGCCUUUAGCUAGAGAAAAUUAUGUUAGGAUUGAAACACGCUGA